AUGCCCGUGUCCAAGUCGACAAAGAAGUUCGAGAAGAACAAGCUCCACGAUGUCAUCAAGAAGCGCAAAGAUGUUGCGAAAAUUAAGCAGAGGAAGCAGAUGGACGUGAAGAAGAAGGAAAGGAAAGCGAGAGACAAUGUAAAAGCCGACGACCUCGAAGGCGAGGCCAGCAAGAAGCCUAAAACCAACGGAACGAAGGACGAUGGGUUUGCAGACAUGUCCAUGGAUCAAUUCUUUCAGGGCGGCUUCCAAAUACCAGAAAUGAAAAAGAAGAAGUCGACGAAGCCGAAAACGGGCAAGCGAAAGCGUACACCUGUCGAAGGCGAAGGCGUAGAUGAAGACACGGGAGAGGCGCAAGCAGGCGGCGAGGCGUCUGGGUUGGAGAGUGACUCUGGUGACGAUGAAGAUGCGCACAAGGAACAACUCGCUGGACUGGCAGAAAAGGACCCCGAUUUCUACAAAUACUUAAAGGAGAAUGAUGCAGAGUUGCUGGACUUUGCGGAAGACGCGGACCUGGCAGAGAUUGACGCUCUCAGUGCUAGUGAAGACGAGCCCACACCUAGGAAGAAGCAGAAAGCAGACGAGCCCUCCGACGACGAGAGUGAGGCAGCGACCAGCAAUGAACUGUCGAGAAAGGUCGUCCAGAAAUGGAAAGCUUCCAUGGAGAGCAAGUCUUCGUUAAGAGCGAUGAAGGAGGUUGUCCUAGCCUUCCGCGCUGCAGCGCAUCUGAAUGAUGACGAGGGAAAGAAGUACAGGUAUUCGAUAUCUGAUCCAGACGUAUAUCACGAAGUCCUCGUAACUACUAUGCAGCUGGUACCCAAGGUGCUACAACACCACUUGCCUGUCAAGGAAAGCGCUGGCGGAAAGAUUCGCGUACCUACCGAUUCGAAGAAGUUCCGCACGCUCACACCGCUUCUCAAGUCGCAUACGGUUUCUAUGCAUCAUCUGCUCGAGAAUCUGUCCGAUGCCUCCACGUUACGGAUGACCCUGGAGUCAUUGUCGAGCCUACUUCCCUAUAUUCUUUCUUUCAAGAAGAUCGUUCGAGAAGUCAUACGGUCUGUAGCGUCUGUAUGGGCAGACUCAGCAAACAACGAGAUGACGCGACUAUCCGCCUUCCUAGUCCUCCGACGAUUACUCGUAAUCUCCGACCCAACCAUUCGCGAAGCCGUUCUAAAGCAAGCGUAUCAGGGCCUCGUUAAGGGCGCAAGAAAUACAACAAUUCACAACAUUCAAGGUAUCAACUUGAUGAAGAACACCGCCUCGGAGCUCUGGGGUAUCGAUCCCACCGUCGGCUACACAACGGGCUUCGGUUUCAUUCGCCAGUUGGCUAUUCACCUACGAACAAGUAUCACAAACAAAACCAAAGACUCUUACAAGACAGUGUACAACUGGCAAUACAUCCACUCACUAGACUUCUGGUCCCGCGUCGUCGCAGCACACUGCGAGUCCCUUCGGGAAGCAGAAUCCGGGAAAGCGUCACCGCUUAGACCGCUCAUCUACCCCGUUGUCCAAGUCACACUCGGUGUGAUGCGGUUAAUUCCGACCGCGCAGUAUUUCCCUCUUCGUUUCCAGCUCAUCCGAUCUCUCCUCCGCAUAUCCUCCGCAACAGCAACAUAUAUUCCUCUUGCACCCGCGCUCGUCGAAGUGCUCAACUCUGCCGAGAUGAAGAAACCCCCAAAACCCAGCACGCUGAAGGCCCUCGAGUUCAACACUACUAUCAGAGCAACGAAAGCAUUCCUGCGGACAAGGGUGUAUCAAGACGGUGUUGGCGAGCAAGUCACCGAGCUACUGUCGGAGUUCUUCGUCCUCUGGACAAAGAACAUCGCGUUCCCUGAACUCGCUCUACCGGUGAUUGUUAUGCUUAAGCGCUGGGUUAAAGCCAUGACUAAGAAGUCUAGCGGGAACAGGAAUGCGAAAAUCUCAUCUUUGCUCGCGCUUCUUGUGCAGAAACUCGAAGCGAACUCCCGGUGGGUCGAGGAGAAAAGGGCAAAGGUUGAUUUUGCGCCAAAUGAUCGUGCGGGUGUGGAGGGCUUUCUGAAGGAGGCCGAGUGGGAUAAGAGUCCCCUAGGAGCGUUUGUAGCGGGGCAAAGGAAGUCGAGAGAUCAGAAAGCGAAGAUGCUUGAAGAUGCACGAAAGACGGAGGACAAGAAGAGGAAGGAAGCUGAGAAGGCAGAUAAAAACGAGGGCCUGGACCACUUUGAAGAUGAGGAAGAUGAGGAAGAAGAAGAUGUUGACAUGGACGGGCUUAGUGAUGAAGAUGUGGAGGAUGAGGAGGAUGACAGUGAAAAUGACGAGUAG